GCCAGCACUCGGACAGCCGGACAAGUAGCAGAGGAAGCAGAGCUCGCUGCAGCGCGGAAAUGGCUCGCCAAUCUAGACGCGGAAACCAUCCCUCGCACAAUCGGAGAGGUCAGCUUCAGUAGAUCCAGCGGGCCAGGUGGGCAAAACGUGAACAAAGUCUCCUCCAAAGUCACCCUCCGCAUCUCGACAUCUUCUUUCCUUCCGCUCCUCCCCUCCAUCCUGCGCCCUCACAUCCUCUCCUCCCGCUACCACGCUGGCAAAAGCGGCGACCUCGUCAUCCAAGCCGACGACUCGCGCAAGCAGUCCGACAAUGUCAAUGCCUGCUUCAAGCGGCUGCACGAACUGAUCUUGCAGGCCGGGCGGGAGGCUGUGCCAGGUGAGACUUCCCCGGAGCAGGUCGAGCGCGUCGAGAUGCUGCAGAAGGCCGAAGCGGCAGGCAGACGGAGGAUGAAGGAGUAUCAGAGCGCGAAGAAGAGUGCCAGGCGUAGUGGCAGCAAGGAU